AUGAACCAACUUCGGGGGCUUCUAUCGUUUGCGGGAAAAUCAGCCAAAAUCAGCGGCAAAUUGGGCAAUCGAUAUGUCUUUUCUUCAUCUGCCAUUAAUUUACCGUUUUCAUCAAGAGCAGAGAUGCAACCCGAAUCCCUCGAAUUCUUGGAGCAGCCCGUUUUUGAUGAUUGCGAAUUUUCCAAAGGCACUUUUCAGCGCCCAGAACUAUCCUUUGAAGGUAAAGGCCCUUCUGUUGACGUCAAUGUCCUACAAUUUGACGCUGACUCGCCCGAGGCUCAAGGCGAAGAGCCUCACGCUCUCGCACACAGUGCAUCGAUUGGUAUUGAGGCUCAGAGAGAAGAUAAAAGGCUCACCCUUUCUCAAGCAUUUGAAAGCUUUUUGCGUACACAAGCAAAUUCUGCGUCUGCAGAUGACUGGAGCGAUUAUUUCCACAAGUUCACUCGUCUUAACCACUUUCAACAGUCAUCCAAAGUGCUUGUUGAGAUGAAAAAGGCAGGGCUCAAGCCCGAUGCCAAUCUUUAUCUGACCUUUUUAAUGACAUCACUGGAUGCUUUGAUGGUGGACGAGGUUGCACAUAUUUACUUAAAGCCUUCGGAGUAUUUUAACCGCCCUCAUAGAACGACAUUUGUGGAGUGCGUUAAAACGAUAUAUAAUCUCUACAAGGAAGAAAACUCUUGCGUAGAUGCAAAGUUGUACUAUCGCAUUGCUUCGAUGUUCUAUCGGUUUAAAAGCAUCAGAUAUUAUCGCCUGUUGUUGGAAUUCCUGGAAAACAAUAGGAUUCCCGUUCCGAUUUCCAUCUUCAAUAUGUUGAUGAGUCUGCUCGCAGAAUAUCCAAAUUCCUUCCACAACGUCAAAAUGAUCUACAUUGCACGCAAGACUACAGAUGAAGUCGACCUUAGGUCCACUUAUUGGCUCUUGUAUGCCACCAUCAAAGCCAAGGAGUUUGACGAAUUAAAGUCUUUUAUGGCCGACUUGCAUUCUAAAAAUGAAGCAAAGCAUCACCAUUACGAGAUGAUUAUCCAAUUGCUUUUAAAAAACGGCUUCCUCCAAGAGGCCGUGUCCACUUACAACGAUUUGAAACUUUUGAAGGGCUUUGAACCGACAAAGCAAAUAUAUUGCUCCUUCCUCAUGUAUUAUGGAUUCAAAGUCAAAAACCAAAAGGAGCUGAUGAACAUAUUUUCGGAAUUCACCGAGGCGCAUCCGAAUGUGGAAGGAAAUUCGGAUGUUUUUGCGCUCUACUUUAAGGCCGCUACUUCGCUUGCUCCGCAAAAGGUUUCCGAAUUUUUGAAUGUUUUGAUCGACAAAAAAGUGCCGCUUACCAUUGAAAUAUAUUCGUCCGUUCUCAAUUUUCUUCUCUCAAACAGCAUUUCAUACGAGACACGAUCCUUUCUUUCUAGCCUGUUCAAUAGCUGGGCCAAGAUCGAUGACACCAAGUCCAGCUAUGAAAUUCAUCCCAGCUUGCAUGGUAUUUCUUCUAGUCUUCCAAUCUCUGUCAACUCGAUCUUAGGGCACAUGCAUGCCAAUCAAAUCAAUGCAUUUAACGUGGAUGUCCUGGCCAGCAUCAUCAGGCAUUUUUAUUCAUCCCAAUGUUGGGAGGACAUCAUCAAAAUUUGGGCUUUGGUUGACAAGACACAAAUUUUCUCAAAACCCAGUUCCAUAUACAUUGUCAUGUUGGCUGCCAUUCAUACAAAAAAUGUAAGGCUUACAUUGAGUCUUGUAAAUUUUAUUUGUAAAAGAAGGAUUCUUCUUUUGGAGAAUUUUUCAGAGCGCCUGCUCGAGGCGCUUUCAAACUUUGAUAGAAUUUCACGAGACCAUCCCAUUUUCAAGAUCCUUAAGGGUUCCAUUCUGAGAAAGCAAUCGUCCGAAGCUCAAAGAGAUGCAUACUCUUCACGUUCCACCACUCGUAGGAAUACACGCCGCUCAGAGGGAAGCUUGGAGAGCCGAGAGUUUCGCGAUUCUGGCUCGCAAAGUACAAAUUCGAACCAACAUUCCUCGUCUUCUGCAACAAGGAGCCGGUACAGUGACAACGAUAGAAGUGAAGCGCCUUUUAGACGCAGGUUUGAGUCUAAUGGCACCCCUCGUCAUCAGCAAGGCAUCAAGUCGCUCGAGGACGACAAAAUCUUUUCCUCCUUUUCCAAUGAUCCUCUUUUUUAA